CAUUGUUAUUGACUCCAGAGGAGCACACAGAGCGGUUGUCCAAUAGUCAGUGAGUCAGUCAGUCACUGAGGCAGUAGAUUAAAGACCGACCGAGUGUAAAACAAGGCUAGAAGGAGCUAAAAUACACUUCUUGUUUACUUCUUUUUAAAGUUUUUUUUUCCCCAAAAGAGGAGGCAGUUUAGAGAGUUUGACAGGGAGUUAAAGACCAACAGAAAAGAGAGGAAAGGACGAAGGAAAGCAGAGGAGACCAGCUCUUCUCUUUGCUCGAUAACCAUGUUGCUCCUGGACGAAUCAGAGUCAUUCGCAGACCAGUCCCACAGCGCCCCCUUCAGCUCAGAGAAUGAGGCUCAGGGAGGCGACCCCGCUGUGUGGCAGUGCACUCCUCCCCCAUCUACCUCACUUUCGGGGGAGACGCCGGCCCACCCUGCCCCCUCCCAGCCCGCAUCGAGACCCCGCUCCAGGCCGGCCAGCCAAAGCCCCUCCCCACCUUCCGCCCUGACAGGAACCAAGAAGAGGAGCUCCAAACCGGCGCACAUGAGACGCAACAUCAGGAAGCUACUGAGGGAGCAUCAGUUGGAGGCAGUGACCAAAGCCGCCCAGCAGGAGGAGCUGGAGCGGAGGCGACGUCUGGACCAGCAGAGAAAAACAGAUUUCCCUGUACCACUGCUGCCUGAAUACACAACUGGCGAUGUGACAAAGCAUGUGUCCUCAUCAUCGGCAUCGAUAGCAUCACAGCAGGAAGUGAAGUCGGCCAGGCAGGAAGUGAUCUGCCUGAACUCCAGCAGCACUGGCAUCAGCGAGGAUGACAGCAAGACUAAUGUACCCACCUCUGUAACGACACAGCACAGACAAAAAACAGAUGUGAUCGAUCUGAGCUCGGGCGAGGACGACAGCAUCGUCCACAUCAGCAGCGAGUCCACAAACGAGGAAGAGGAGAGCGAGCCGAGCGGAGCGCACGUCAAUGACGUCCUCAACCGACCGGACGCCCAGGGCAGGGUGCUGAUCAACCUGAACCACCCAGCAUCAGAGCCGGACAUUUUCCUUUCACCGCAGCUAGCACGAGCAGUCAAACCUCACCAGAUCGGUGGAAUCCGUUUCCUGUACGACAACCUGGUGGAGUCGGUGGAGCGCUUCAGCAGCAGCAGUGGAUUCGGCUGUAUCCUCGCUCACAGCAUGGGCCUGGGCAAAACGCUGCAAGUCAUCUCCUUCAUCGACGUCCUGUUCGGACACACCCAGGCUCACACCGUGCUCGCCAUUGUACCUGUGAACACAUUGCAGAACUGGCUGUCAGAGUUCAACACAUGGGUCCCGCCCCCAGAGGCGUUACCUCCGGAUACCGACCCCGGACUGGUGACGCCUCGCACCUUCAAGGUUCACAUCCUCAACGACGAACACAAGAACACAGCUACCAGGGCCAAGGUGGUGGAGGACUGGGCACGGGACGGAGGAGUGCUGCUGAUGGGCUACGAGAUGUACCGCCUCCUGUCGCUGAAGAAGAGCUUUGUGUCUGGGAGGAAGAAGAAGAGCAAGAAGACAACAGGACCCGUCGUCAUCGACCUGGACGAAGAGGACAGGCAACAGGAACUGCUCAAAGGUAUCGAAAGAGCCUUAGCCCGACCUGGUCCAGAUGUGGUGAUCUGUGACGAAGGCCAUCGCAUCAAAAACUGUCACGCCAGCACAUCCCAGGCUCUGAAGAACAUCCGAACUAGACGCCGCGUGGUCUUGACCGGCUACCCACUCCAAAACAACCUGAUUGAGUACUGGUGCAUGGUCGAUUUUGUCCGACCUGACUUCCUCGGUACACGGCAGGAGUUCAGUAACAUGUUUGAGCGUCCCAUUCUGAACGGGCAGUGUGUGGACAGCACGCCUCAGGACAUACAGCUUAUGAGGUACAGGAGCCACGUCCUGCACAGCCUGCUGGAGGGCUUCGUACAGAGGCGAGGCCAUGAUGUCCUGAAGGACCAGCUGCCCUCUAAGGAGGAGCAUGUGAUCCUGGUCCGUCUGUCUCCCCUGCAGAGGGCGCUCUACACAGAGUUCAUGAACCGUUUCAGAGAGGCAGGAAACACUGGCUGGCUCAGCCUGAACCCACUGAAGGCUUUCUGUGUCUGCUGCAAGAUUUGGAACCAUCCAGACGUGUUGUACGAGGCCUUGCAGAAGGAAAACCUGGCAAGUGACCAGGACUUGGACCUUGAUGACAUGACCUCCACAGGACCCACCCGCUGUCCAACCGUACCCAAUCAAAAGUCCAAGCCCAUGGAGAAUCCUAACCCCAUUGGUGGGCUGAGUCUCAACCAGCUACAGGAGAAAGCCAAUCAGGUCAUCACUUAUGAAUGGGCGAAGGACAUCAUGUGUGACUACAAACCUGGCAUCCUGGAGAACUCCGCAAAGAUGGUGAUGCUGUUCCACCUGAUUGAGGAAAGCGUCAGGAAGGGAGACAAACUGCUCGUCUUUAGUCAGAGUUUGUCCACGCUGACGGUGAUCGAGGAUUUCUUGGCCAAGAGGCCUGUGCCUCCCUCACCUAACAUGUCCGGCAGAGACAGACCCACCCAGAACUGGAUCCGCAACCUCAACUACUACAGACUGGAUGGAAGCACAACGGCCUCAGAGAGAGAGAGACUGAUAAACCAGUUCAACGAUCCAGCCAACACCUCAGCAUGGGUCUUCCUGCUGUCAACCAGGGCUGGUUGUCUGGGUGUGAACCUGAUCGGGGCGAACCGCGUGGUGGUGUUUGAUGCCUCCUGGAACCCGUGCCACGAUGCCCAGGCGGUGUGCCGCGUCUACCGCUACGGUCAGAGGAAGCAGUGUCACAUCUACCGACUGGUGUGCGACUUUACGCUGGAGAAGAAGAUCUACGACCGCCAGAUCUCCAAACAGGGCAUGUCAGACCGGGUCGUGGAUGACCUGAACCCUGUGCUGACCUUCACCAGGAGGGAGGUGGAGUCUCUUCUUCACUUCGUGGAGGAGGAGCCGGACCCCUCUCAGGUUGAGCUGCAGCCCCAGGACAAUAUGGAGAGUGUCCUCAGGAAGGCGCUGCACCUCUAUCCUCACCUAAUUACCAAGCAACCAUUCCCCCAUGAGUCUUUGCUGAUGGACCGCAAGGAGCUGAAGCUGAGCAGGGCUGAGAAGACCGCUGCUAGGAAAGGUUAUGAAGAAGAGAAGAGGGCCUCUGUGCCGUACACCCGCCCUUCCUACGCUCACUACUACCCCGCCAGUGACCAGAGUCUCACCAACAUCCCUGCCUUCAGCCAGAGAAACUGGCGCCCUCCCCCUCGUACUGAGGAGAAGCCAGUGGCCAGUGUGCGACCAGUCCAGUCAACCCCGGUUCCCAUGAUGCCCCGACAAGCAUCUGCAGCCUCUGCCCCAGGCAACAACUCAUCCGGAUCCAGCCUCGGAGGAUUCCCAGUUAACUGCCUGCAAAAAGCCGGAGUGUUUGUACAGAAGAUCGUCACCACUACUGACAUCGUGAUUCCAGGCACCAACAGUUCAACAGAUGUUCAGGCCAGGAUCACAGCUGGAGAGAGCAUCCACAUUAUCAGGGGCACCAAAGGGACUUACAUCAGGUCGUCUGAUGGUCGAAUCUUUGCCAUCAGAGCAGCUAAUAAGGCCAAGACUGCAGAGGAGAGUACUACAGCGCCACCCAAAGAAUCGCAGGCCCCACCAGCAGAGGUUUCAACCAAUGGCAGUAACAGUGGUUUGUCACCUGACAAGAAGCAGCAGGUACCCUCCAAGACAGUGCCCCGCCCUCUUUCACCUGACAGCCCAGAGAUCAUCAACGAGUUGCAGCGCUACACAGGUGCCGCAGGAGCCGGUGCCACCACAGGCUCCGGAGCCCAACCAGUUGGGGCAGCAGAGAGCAAUGUCAACAACCUGCCUUCCACCAAACUGCUUCAGACCAAUGGCAGCAGUAGGAGCAGUUUUCCCAGUGGAAAUAUGAGCCACCAUGAUGUCUCUGUGACUAAUGUAAUCCAGCCCAACACUGACACAGCCACCGCCCAAGACCUGAGAACAGGUUCCAAGCGCAAAGCCUCCACCCCGACUUUGGAUGAGCGGCCCAGCAAGCAGCCCCCAGCUGGCAAACACUCCUCAGCCUCUCUGGCCUCACAAGGCUUCCCCUUCACCGGGUGCUAUGGCCUCCCUCCGCUGGGCCUCAACCCCACCAUGUUAAGUGGGUCGCUGGGGCACCCACUGUUUGUGGGGGCAGGUUCGCCUUACUUCCAGCCCCCCCACACUCAACUGGGUGACCCCAGUUACAUGUAUCCUGAUCUGUUUGGCUUGGGCGGAGCCAGUACAGUCCCCACCUCCUCUUCCUCCACCUCAUCGACAGCAACCACCGCUACUGCCGUCUCAUCUUCCUCAUCAUCCUCAUCUUCCUCAUCAGUUAAAGCUGCCAGUUUGGUUCCAGGUGCCCUGCCGCCAUUCAUGCUCAGCCCCAGCAUGGCGGGCAUGGCUGGGAUGCUCCCCACAGGCUUCCCUCUCUCUUAUAGUCAGUCUCUGGCCAGCCUCUACACAGGGUCGAUGCUCCCAGGUGGGCUGCCAGGUCCAGCUGCCACUCCUGGCCCAGCCGGAGCCAGCUUCCUAUCCCAGUAUCCUCCCACUGCUGCCUCCAGCUCCUCCUCAUCGUCCCCUUCGUCCUUCUCCCCCUCGGCACGGUCUGAGCACCGGGCUCCGGUUCUGGUUAACGGUGGGAAUGUUUGCAGUGCCAGCAGCUCGGAUGACGACGAUGAUGUAAUUGAGGUGAGGGGACAGUGACAGAUGAAUGAUGUGGUUGCUUCAGGAAGUUUGAUUCAAUUUAAUGAUCAUCAUGAUAGGAUGACAUCCUGUUUGCCAGGAUGCAGGCUUCAAAGGGCCUGUGGCCCAGGCCAUGAGGGAAAUGGACAAAAAAGAAAAAAAAGAAAGACAGUGUGCUGAUGUAAGUGAUGACAGCUGAGCCCCUGCUAAAGUAUUUCAUCUGUUCUGCCUUGGAAAAACAGUCUGAGUGGAGAUUAUAACACAGACUGGACACAGAGCGACAAAUUUUUACGCUGAAUAUCCGAAGAUUGAAUCUGAGAAAGAAAAAAGCUCCAGAGGGACGAAGACAAUGAAAAUCAGAGGACUUUGGGCUUCCAAGUUUUUUUUGUUCAAUACUGGCAUUGAGAUACUAAUCACUGGACUUAGUACUGCUGAUCGUGGGCCUGCAGUGACCACAAAUGGCCACUAGUUGUACUGUUGACUUUAGAGAUUCUAGUUCUGCAGCUUUGCUAAAUGUCAAGACUCUUGCUUUAUUCAGCUAAUUAAACAAUGAUGUUAGGAUGGAAUCGCUUACUAAAAAAAAAAACAAGGUUUGAUAAUUAAGUUAGCUGGUAGUAACGUUUGUUAAAUAUCAGUAACUGAAAUGGUAUUGUUUGUCAUUUGUCAAAUAUUGCUACUGAAUAUUUCUUAAAACGGUCAAGGUUAAAAGAUCAAACAGAACUUUGAGAAAGCAUUUUGACUGAAGUUAAUAAUUCACUGCCAGGACGGGGGUAUUGCACGUUUUUGUUCUUGAAUGGGAAAAAAAAAAAGCAAAAAGAGAUAAAGGAGAUCAUCUUGAAUUAUUGAAGAAGUGUUUAAGGCUUGUUGAGGAUGAGGUUAAAGUCAAUUACUGAAACCUUAAAUCUCUAACGAAAGAAUGUAUGCUUAAUCAAAUGCCUUUAAACCAGGCCUUUUUGAAAAGACUCCUAUUUAGGCAUCAGACGUGGGAAGAUCUGGUUUUUCUUUUUGUGUGUAUGUGUAUUUUCUAUUUAUGUAAUCUAUUUUACUUUUUAAAGAAAAUGAUUGCCUAAAAACAGCCAGGUGAAAAUGAGAAAAAAACUGUGUUCUCGAGAGGUGUCCUCCUUGUAGCGGAGAAACAACCAACAGAAAAUGCCUUUUUGCCUCCAUCUUUCUGAAUGUUAACUGUGAGAGAGGAGAGGUAAAGAGAGACAGACGGUCACCGCGGCUCUCUGAAUCUCACCCACAGUCUUACUGUAGCCUAGCGAAAAACGAUGCAAAAUACUCACUCAAGCCUAUAUAUGUAUUCGUACAAACCCCAGAGGAAUGGAGCUCACUACCCCGAGUUUUGGUUUCGCUUGUGUCGUUCCUUUGUUCGUAUCUGUGCGUCGUGUUUUACAAGGAUUACAAAAGGAAUCGUUUCAAAAAUAAUAAUAAUAAAAAAAUAAAUAGAAGCUUGUGUUACUCGGUUUGGUAACUGGUUCAGACACAGAUUCCACCUCUGCUCUCUCCUCUGUCUCUUUUGAGAGACAGAGAUCAUUGUGAAACCAAACUGAUUUUUUUUUCUCCUUUUUUUUGUUUUCUUUGGAGAGAUGGUGUAGCUUUGCCAAAAAACAAGAAAUGCACAAGCACAUCAACAACCUCCAUGGAAGAGGAUUGUGUCUUAAGAGACCAAAUAAUGUUGUCAACAGUUUAGAGCAGAAUUCAAAUCCAACACAGCAACGCGCUCUCUCUACAGCAUCCUCACAGCCACAGUUAAGACGUACAUAUCUCUCUGUAUGACCUUGCAGGUAACGCUGUACACUGCACUGCACUGUAAAAAAAGACACAAAUCUGUAUACGUCUGUAGACUGGUUGAACGCUAAAGUUCCCUUUGGAUUAACCAUGAACCAUCGUUCUCCUGUUCCGAUUGAUCCCCUCAGAUCACAAAACUGAUCUAUAUUUCGUUCAGCACUGUCAUCGUGUAAAAGAAAAAAAAAAAAGAAAAAUCUUCUCCUCAGAAACGGCUGCAGCAAGAGCUUUAAAAACCACCAGCUCUUUUGUUGAAAACAAAACUCUUAACAUCGUCAAGCAAAGACUAAGCAUUUCCUGUUCUUUCUCUUCCAUGUAUUUGUUCUUCAUACUGAAAUUGUUAGUUUACUUAUGUUUCAUUUUUGUUCUCUUCUUUUUACAAUGUUUGAAUUUACCAAAUUAAUUUAUUUAUGACGGUGCAUAUUUAUUCAUUUUUAUUUUUGUACAAUGUUUUUUUUUGUCUCCUUUUUGUUGCUUUUCUUUAUCUUAUUUGUAAUUUUUUUUUAUGGUCAUAUUACUUUUGUUGUUACUACAGAUGGAAAAUUGUUUGCUUAUUUUGUCUUUGGUGGGCUUUUUUUAUUUUUUUCUGAGAAAGAAGUGAUGAUUUGCCAGUCUGACCCAGUACGUGUGACCUUGUGCAGAACUUGCAUGUGGUAUUGUGCAUUUCUGUGCACAUUAAUAUCCGGGAUGGCAUCUUUAGGAAGGGUCGAAUAUCAUAUCCUGUUUACAAUAACUCUGAUCAGCUCUUGAUUAUGAGAAGAAAAAAAAAAGGACAUCAGGGAAAUAUUGAUUUUCACCAUGAUGAGCUCAGAUUCCUUCAUCAGAACAUCCUGCAUGUUCACGAG